GUUUACAGACCUGAUAAGAAUGCUCGUAUGAUCUGCAAGGAAAUUUUUGUGGUUUCGUCCUUGCCGAGCAGCGAUCGUUGCCUGGAUAAUGGCUAAGAGGAAAGGUCUGAGCGCAGACGAGAAACGGGAGCGAGUUCUGGAUAUCUUCGUCAAAAAGAAGGAGGUGUUCCAGCUGAAAGAAGUUGAGAAGAUCGCUUCCACGGAGAAGGGUGUUGUGCUGCAAGCGGUGAAAGGUAUUCUCAAGGAACUCGUGGACGACAAUCUGGUUGAAUCGGACAGGAUCGGCACUUCCGUAUAUUUCUGGGCGUUUCCAGGAAAAGUGAGUAGACAACGGGAAGCUUGUCUUACGGAGCUCCGUGAGCAGCUGAAGAAGCUCCGUGAACUCCAGAGCGGCAUUCUCAAGGAUCUCGAAGAGGAGAAAGCGCUUGGCGACAAGCAAGGCGACAUGUCGGAGGUCUUGGCCGAUCUGGAACGCUUGCAGCAGGAGAACAAAAUACUAGCAGACCGCUACCAGAAACUCGUCGAGAACGAUCCGAAAAUCAUGGACGAACUCGAGAAAGAAAUCAAGAACUCCACGUCAGCGGUCAAUCGAUGGACCGACAACUUGUUCAACACUCGAUCUUGGGUCAUGAAGAAAUUCGAUAAAAGCAGCGGGGAAGUGAAUCGAAUGUUCAACAUACCUGAAGACCUGGACUACGUCGAAUGAAUCCUAAGCGCGAUUGAUCUGAUCCAGCAACCCGAUGGUCGAGAGAUCGGUACAGAAGGACGAGAACGCUCCACGACAAACAAGCGGAACGUUAGCUGAAAGUCGAUUGAUUCGCUCCUCUGAG